AUGGAUCUGAAGCCCACUCUUCUUGUCCUGCUUAAUUUGUUAAGACAGGAGGAGAGUUCUAUGAAAAAGGGACAAACACCAGCCUUGGUUAUAGGGAAAUCUUCUUCCACUUCUAGCAAUCUGGUUGCCAAGAAAAAGGGAAUGAAAAAAACUACUACACCAAAGAAAGGUGUUAAGAAGGCUGUCAAGAAGGACAAAGGAAAGGUAAAAAUGACGACUGCAGAAUGCUUCCAUUGUCACAAGUCAGGACACUGGAAAAGAAACUGUCAUGAAUUCCUAGCCUCACUCAACAAGAAGAAGCAAGUUGUUGCUUCAUCUUCAGGGGUAUGCGUUGGAAACAGCAGCACACUUACUGAAUAG